UGUUUCUCAAAAGCAGAUUUCGUUCAGGCUUUUAUUGGUUAAAGAUGUGCUGCGUGUCACAGUGGGCGUGGCAGCAGAAGAGAGGAAGUGCAGAUGAGAUGUCAGAACAUUGAAAAAGAAGAAGAGUAUCAAAGGAACUGUGCACGAAACCAAAGUUACUGAUGCAUUCAAUCCAAUGAACGUUGCUCGAGGAAUUCUCGUUCUUAUAUUCUGCACACUUUUCAUAGCAUCUUAUUUCACAAAUAAGUAUGUCCUGUCUAUCUUAAAGUUUACAUUUCCAACAAUUUUUCAGGGGUGGCAGACCUCCACUGGGGCUCUACUGCUACUGGUUACAUGGAAACUUGGUUUGGUUGAAAUCAAUGGAUUCUCCAGAUCUGCAGCAUUUUCCCAGCUUCCUGGAUCCUUUUUAUUUAUCGGAAACAUUUAUGCAGGGUCCAAAGCACUGUCGCUUUUACCCAUUCCUUUUUUCUUUGUGUUACAAAAUGUCUCCGAAGUCUUUGCUUUUCUCAUGGUAGCAGUAACUCACAGAGAGAAAUCAUCAUGGAUGAAAUUAAUAAGUGUGUGUAUGCUGCUGGGAUCUGCCGCCAGCCUUAUUCUGUACAAUCCUCGGUUUGGUCCCAGUGGCUACACAUGGGCGUCCGUCCAUCUGUUCUGUGUUGGUGCAUAUAAAGUAUUCCAGAAAAACACAAAGACGAGCCAUCUGAGUGAUCUUGAAGAGCAGUUCAUCAACUAUGUGACCAGUGCAUUGUUACUUGCCUCACUUGCAUACUCAACAGGUGACUUGACCGGGGCCUUAGAUUUCACUCUCCUGACCUCAUACAGGUUCCACACUGGCUGCUUGGGCAGCGCUAUAUUGAGCUUUUGUCUGAUGUUGGCAACUGUAAAACUGAAGAACAGUCUGUCUCAGGAGCACUGUGGAGUCUGCUGCGUCCUGGCCAAGGUACUGGCCUCGGGUCUUUCCCUUUACACAUUCAACCCUGUGCUCAGUCCGGUGACACUGUGCUGCGUCAUCCUAAACUACACCGGAGAGGCCUUGUUCAUGUAUGCUGAUAGAUUUCAUUAAGUUUGGUGAAGAAUAUGGACCGUGCCUUUGAAGAUUCUCCAAAUCCGUCACUCCAAGACUUUAUUAAUUGACCAAAGCCAGUUGCCUCAAUGAGAUUAUUUCACUAUAAGCCUUGCAAAACCCAAAACUCUUUUUACUGUAAUAUUCUGUUUGCGUCUUAUUUUUUUUCUUCUUAUUUUCAGUCUUGAGAGACAUGUUAAACCAAAUAUUGGAAAAAAAAAACUUGCUGUUGUUUACCAUAUAUUGUAAUUUCCUGCAUUUUAAUUCCAGUCGACUGAUUCCGACUCGAAGUUUUGCACCAUUGACCAUUUUUCCAGUUGUAUUAUUUCAGAAGCAGCGUUUGCUGUUUGUGUUCGACCUUUGCACAUCAUUGUCCUUCAGUGUUUACCUUUAAGAGUCCUGGAUCACAUCCUGAAUACUGUCCCACCUUAGAUCAGUACUCUUUAUGAGAAUUAAACAAGAUAAAAUUAGAAAACAUCAAUGCAUAAGCUUUCUGUUUCUCAGUGGUUUUAAAAAAGAUGUUUUACAAUUAUCCAUAAUUAUAGCAGGUUGAUCGACGGUUAUAUUUAUUAUAUAAUAUUAUAUUAUCUGGGGGUUUCAAAUAAUAACUCAGAAAUAAAUAACGAAACUAAAAUGAGUCCUGCAAAACGUACUGUUAUUAUUAUGUUUGAAAGGCAUUUACUGUAUUUCAGAGCCACUUUGCAUAAUAUUGUAUUUCUAAAGCUGACCAUGUAUUCUAUUAUAAAAUAAUUCCGUUUUCUUAGUAUUGUAAAUCA